CAUUUUCCAGCCCCACCGACUCCCAUCGCUCCCCCAGAGCUCCUUGCUGUUGGCGCCACCUACCUAUGGAUCAAACCCAACGCCAACAGCAUCAUUGGAGAUGGUCCUAUCAUCCUAAAGGAGGUGGAGUACCGCACCACUACCGGAAACUGGGCAGAGACUCAUGUGGUUGACGCCCCGACGUAUAAGUUAUGGCAUCUGGACCCAGAUGUGGAGUAUGAGAUCAAGGUCCUGCUGUCCAGGCCAGGAGAAGGAGGAACGGGGCCGCCGGGGCCUCCUCUGAUUACCAGAACCAAAUGUGCAGAUCCCGUCCAUGGGCCCCAAAACGUCAACGUGGUGGAUGUCCGCGCCCGCCAGCUGACCGUCCAGUGGGAGACGUUUGGCUAUGCCGUGACACGGUGCCACAGCUACAAUCUGACGGUUCAGUACCAGUACGUGUUCAACCAACAAGAGUUUGCAGCAGAGGAGUUGAUCCAGACGUCGUCUCAUUACACGCUGAGGGGACUCAGGCCCUUUGUCACAGUCAGGCUGCGCCUCGUUCUGGCCAACCCUGAGGGAAGCAAGGAGAGCGAGGAGAUAGUCAAGCAGACAGAGGAGGAUGUACCUGGCUCAGUGCCCAUGGAAUCGCUGCAGAAUACUCCAUAUGAAGAGAAGAUCUUCAUGCAGUGGAAAGCUCCCAACGAGACAAACGGUGUUAUCACUCUCUAUGAGAUCACCUACAAGGCCCUGAGUUCCCUGGAUCCCAGCGCCGACCUGACCACCCAGAGGGGACGAGUUUUCAAGCUGAGGAACGAGACCCAUCACCUGUUCGUCAGCCUCUACCCUGGAACCACCUACUUCUUCACCCUGAAGGCGUCCACCAACAAGGGCUUCGGGCCGCCGGUCACCACCCGCAUAACCACCAAGAUAGCAGCUCCCAUGAUGCCUGAGUAUGAAUCAGAAAGCGCGCUCAAUGAGACGGAGACGACGAUCACCAUCCUGCUGAAGCCAGCCCAGUCCAGAGGAGCUCCCAUCAGCUCCUACCAGCUUGUUGUGAAGGAGGAGAGAAAGUCUAAAAGCCGCCGUGCCGCCUCUGAAGCUCCGGAGUGUUUUUCUGCCAUUUUCAGCUUCAGGAACGCCUCCGUCCUGAACUCUGCGUACUACAUGGCUGCUGAUCUGCCGCCAUCCAGCCUCACGGUUGUGCAGCCAUUCACGGUUGGGGACAACAAGAGCUACGGAGGCUUCUUGAACCCUCCGCUCUCACCUGCCAAGAGCUACAGCAUCUACUUCCAGGCAAUGAGCAGGGCCAACGGGGAAACCAAAAUAAACUGCGUCCGUCUGGCUCGCAAAGUGGUAAUAGGUAGGGGACAAAUAACAACGCCGUACAUUCUAGUCAUCCCCAGCGAAGGUGCCUCCACCCAGGAUUCAGACGCCAUGGAGCCGGAGAAGCAGGUGGACGGCACAGUAAAGAUGGCAGGCGUGAUCGCUGGGAUCCUCAUGUUCAUCAUCAUCCUCCUCGGAGUCAUCCUCACCUUCAAGCGCAGAGAGAUUCACACAUGGAGAACUCUGAGCGUGGGGAAGUUGGCCAAAAAGCAGAAGGAAACUGCGAGUAGCUCCACCCAGCAGAGGGAGAUGGGUCCGGUCACCACUGCUGAUAAGAGCACCACCAAAGUGAGCACCCUGCACAAAGACGACCCUUUCUCCACCUCCAGCCCGGACCUUAAUGGCUUCACCUCCCCCUCCCCCUGCUCCUUCUCUGUGCAGGGAAGCAAGACGCUGCAGAGCAAAUCCUUGCUGAAUUCCUACUACUCAGUGUCCAAAGAACCGGUUCCAGCCACAACUUCAAUAGAUGGUAGCCAGCCGUCUCUCGCCCAGCCAUCCCUGACAAUGCCGAGUUUUCCUUACGGAGGCUGUGAGUCGGUGGAGCUCUCCUACCAGAGCGGUCAGUUCCAGGCCGGCCAGUUUCAGCCAGCUAUUCGAGUGGCAGAUCUCCUCCAGCACAUCACACAGAUGAAAUGUGGGCAGGGAUACGGUUUUAAAGAGGAAUAUGAGGCCCUGGCAGAGGGACAGACGGCGCCGUGGGAGACAGCCAAGAAGGACGAGAAUCGCAACAAGAACCGAUAUGGCAACAUCAUCGCAUAUCCCACAGACGAUCACACCAGAGUCCGACUGCAGCUGCUGGACGGAGACCCUCACUCCGACUACAUUAACGCCAACUAUAUAGAUGGCUAUCACAGACCCAGACAUUACAUCGCAACACAAGGACCCAUGCAGGAGACGGUGAGGGAUUUCUGGAGGAUGGUUUGGCAGGAAAACUCAGCCUCUAUCGUCAUGGUAACAAAUCUGGUGGAGGUGGGAAGGGUGAAGUGUGUUCGUUACUGGCCCGAUGAGACGGAGGUGUACGGAGACAUCAAGGUGACCCUGAUAGAAACCGAGCCCCUGGCUGAAUAUGUCAUCCGGACAUUUACCGUCCAAAAGAAGGGCCAUCAUGAGAUCCGCGAACUUCGUCAGUUCCACUUCACCAGCUGGCCGGAUCAUGGCGUCCCCUGUUACGCCACAGGACUGCUGGGGUUCAUACGGCAGGUCAAGUUCCUCAAUCCGCCGGACGCCGGACCCAUAGCCGUGCACUGCAGCGCUGGUGCGGGGAGGACGGGCUGUUUCAUCGCCGUGGACAUCAUGCUGGACAUGGCAGAAAAUGAAGGAGUGGUGGACAUUUUCAACUGCAUCCGCGAGCUGAGGUCCCAACGGGUCAACAUGGUCCAGACAGAGGAGCAGUAUGUGUUCGUUCACGAUGCCAUCUUGGAAGCGUGCCUGUGUGGGAACACGGCGAUCCCAGUGUGCGAAUUCAGAGCGGUUUACUACAACAUCAGCAGACUGGAUCCCCAGACCAACUCCAGCCAGAUUAAAGAUGAGUUCCAGACGCUGAACAUAGUGACCCCUAGAGUUCGCCCAGAGGACUGCAGUGUGGGUUUACUCCCCCGAAAUCAUGAUAAGAAUCGCAGUAUGGACGUUCUGUCUGCCGAUCGAUGCCUGCCUUUUCUCAUAUCUGUGGACGGAGAGAGCUCCAACUACAUCAAUGCUGCUUUAAUGGACAGCCACAAACAGCCCGCGGCCUUCAUCGUUACCCAGCAUCCUUUGCCAAACACCAUGGGGGACUUCUGGAGGCUGGUGUUUGACUACAACUGCUCCUCCAUCGUCAUGCUUAACGAGAUGGAUGCAGCGCAGUUAUGCAUGCAGUACUGGCCGGAGAAGAACUCGUGCUGUUACGGUCCGAUCCAGGUGGAGUUCAUAUCAGCAGACAUAGACGAAGACAUCAUCAACCGGAUCUUCAGGAUCUGCAACAUGGCUCGGCCACAGGAUGGUUACCGCCUAGUUCAGCACUUCCAGUUCAUUGGCUGGCCCGCCUACAGGGACACGCCCCUUUCCAAGCGCUCCAUCCUCCAGCUGGUGAGGAGGUUGGCCAAGUGGCAGGAGCAGUACGACGGAGGCGACGGGAGGACGGUGGUCCACUGCCUCACUGGAGGAGGGCGUUCUGGAACAUUUUGCGCCAUCUGUAGCAUCAACGAGAUGAUCCAGCAGCAGAACAUUGUGGAUGUUUUCCACACAGUCAAGACCCUGAGGAACAACAAGACCAACAUGGUGGAAACAAUGGAACAAUACAAGUUCUGCUAUGAAGUGGCUCUGGAGGCCUUGAACUCCUUCUGAUGUGACGGCGGCUCCAACUGUCCCUCCUGCUGACGCCGCCCCUCUUCCUCAAAGCAACGCUGACACACACAGGAGAGCGAGACGGCUUUGUGUGGAGCUGAGCUCCGUCCCAGAGUGGGUGGGUGCGUGUGUGGGUGGGUGGGGUGUGUGUCUUUUGGUAGACCUGUGACCCGAACUGUGCUGGGGAAAAAAAAAGGACGCCAACAUACAGACUCAUUGUUUUGUGUGCAUUUGCUUCAGCAAAACCAACGGACUUUACAUGCUUGUACAAAGAGAAAUUAUGGUUAAAAAAGUUAAUAAGAUGUU